AUGAGCAGUGAUGGUGACGGGGCGAAGGAGGAAAGCGCCUCUCGAGCCCGCGAGGCCCGCGAGCAGGAGGCAAAAGCGAAGGAGACGGCAGCCAAGGGCGAAGCAUUGCGGUCAACGCUGGCGCAACUCUCCGCCACCAAGGCGGGAGGCGCGUACAUUCCACCGGCUCGUCUCAGGGCACUGAUGGCCGAAGCUGCGGCCGCUGACCCUGGCAGUGUAGAGUAUCAGCGGAUGAGCUGGGACGCUCUCAAGAAAAGCAUCACCGGUCUUGUCAACAAGGUCGCCCAAGACAACAUCAAAAGCAUCGUUCCCGAGCUGUUCGGCGGUGCCAAUCUCAUUCGUGGUCGUGGUCUCUAUUGCCGCUCUAUAAUGCGUGCCCAGGCGCUGUCAUUGUCCUUCACGCCCGUCUUUGCUGCGCUCACCGCCAUCGUCAACACCAAGCUUCCCAUGGUCGGAGAGCUGCUCGUCACCCGGCUAGUGUCACAGUUCCGCCGCUCUUUCAAAAGGAACGACAAGACGGUCUGCAACUCGACCGCCAUGUUCAUCGCCCAUCUCGUCAACCAGAGAGUCGUUCACGAGGUACUCGCCCUUGAGAUCCUCGUCUUACUUCUCGAGAAGCCCACCGACGACAGUGUCGAAAUUGCCGUUGGUUUCAUGCGCGAGGUCGGCGCUUUCCUCGCCGAAGAAGCGCCAAAGGCCAACAACAGCGUCUUUGACCGCUUCCGCGCUGUCUUGUACGAGGGAGAGAUCAGCAAGCGCGUGCAAUACAUGAUUGAGGUGCUGUCCCAGGUGCGUCGCGAAGGCUUCAAGGACAACCCACGCAUUCCCGAAGCGCUCGAUCUCGUCGAAGAGGAUGACCAGAUCACGCAUCGCAUCAGUCUCGACGACCAGCUAAACGUCGAAGAAGGGCUCAACGUAUUCAAAAAGGAUCCUGAAUUCAUCGAAAACGAGGAUCGAUAUCGCGCCAUCAAAGCCGAGAUCCUUGGCGAGAACUCGGACAGUGGCGACAGUGGUUCCGAGGCCGACAGCGAGACCGGCUCCAGCUCGGACGAGAGCGAGGCCGGCGGCGACGAGGACGAUGCCCAACGCCAGCUCGAGAUCCACGACAGAACCGAGACGAAUCUCAUCAACCUUCGCAGGACCAUUUAUCUCACCAUCAUGUCCUCGCUCGACUUUGAAGAGAGCGUACACAAGCUGCUCAAGCUCGAAGUGCCCGAGGGUCAGGACAUCGAGCUCUGUAACAUGAUUGUCGAGUGCUGCUCGCAGGAGCGGACCUAUAGCAAGUUCUACGGAAACAUGGGCGAGCGCUUCUGCAAACUGCAUCGCAAAUGGUCGGACACGUUUGCGCAAAGCUUCAGCAACUACUACGACACCAUCCAUCGCUACGAGACCAACCGACUGCGCAACAUUGCGCGAUUCUUCGGUCACCUGUACUCAACAGACAGUAUCAGCUGGGCAUCCCUCUCCGUCGUGCACAUGAACGAAGACGACACCACCAGCAGUUCCCGAAUCUUCGUCAAGAUCCUGUUCCAAGAGCUGCAGCAACAGCUCGGUCUCAAGGAGCUUGCUGAGCGGUUCAAGGAGCCUUCUCUACAGGAAGACUGGAAGGGCCUCUUCCCUAAGGACAACCCCAAAAGCACCCGCUUCUCGAUCAACUACUUCACAUCGAUUGGAUUAGGCGUGUUGACCGAAGACAUGCGAGAGCACCUCAAGAACGCGCCCAAAAUCCUGUUGGCGCAGAGGCAAGCGGCAUUGGCGGCACGUGGAUCGGACGACAGCGAUACCGACUCGUCUAGUGUCCCGGUCCAGGGUGAGAUCGAGGUCGUUCUCGCGCUCCGUGACUCCAAGACGCUCUUCGUAUUCGCGUUCGCGUUCGCGUUCGCCUUACGUCUCCAGAAGUCGCGCACCACGUUCUCGCUCGCGGUCCGCUGA